GUGACGUUCAGUAAGCGUGCCAGUAUAAAUGUGCCUGAACUUCUUGGUGUAGUCUUGUAUACUAAGUGGCUCAAUUCUUUGGCAAGACGUGAGACUUAAAAUAAGCCCUAGCCUUUUCCAACAUUGACCUGGUUUAGUUGUCCGCGGGAAUCGGUGCUUGCCAUCGAGGAAAAAGAGAUGAAUUUCGAGCACUUAAUUGGGCUCAGAGGCGGUGACGUCUUUCAUUCUCUGCUAUCCACACCAAGUUUCCAGUUUAUACUCACUUAUCAUGAGCAAGGUGCUGGCCAUAUGGCGGAAGGAUAUGCCCAGGCAACUCGCAAGCCAGGAGUCGUGCUUGUAACGUCCGGUCCAGGCACGUCUAAUCUAGCGACUCCCAUGCUGAACGCGCUGCUGGGUGGGAAUCCAAUAGUGGUUAUCUGUGGCCAAGUUGCGACCACUGCACAAGGCAUAAAUACCUUUCAGGAAAUAGACAUUCAGGCCUUCGCCAAGCCAUGCACAAAAUGGCUUACUAUUGUAAACUUAAUUGAGGAGCUGCCCUUGUCCCUGGAUUAUGCCUUUGAGCAAGCUAUGUGCGGUCAGCAAGGACCAGUACUAGUAGCCAUCUCUAAAGAUAUCAGCUCGGCGAUUUUUAGCCGUAAAGUAUACAAAAAAGUUUUAGACUUUAUACCGCAAUAUCAUGAUAUUAUUAGCACCCACACUACAGAAAAUCUAGUAUCUGAUAAGACCACACAGAUUAUUUGCUGGUCAGCGCAGUUGAUCGGUCGUGUAGAACAACCGGUAAUCAUUGCAGGCCAUGGUAUUCUCAGCAGUCGUGAUAGGCUAGCACUACUUGCCCAAUUGUCAGUAAAAGCUCAUAUCCCCAUUGGUACCACACUUCUCGGUUCAGGAAGGAUAUAUAGAGCAGUAUAUAUAAACUAUACCGUACUUGAUGAACAUGCAGUUGCUGAUCCAGCAAGUUUCGCACUGAAGGCUCGAGCUGCAGAGAGAAUUAUUAAGGCCACCGGUGCGGUGUAUGGGGAUUUAACAGACACCCUACCCCUUCUAAUAUCAGAAAUCCGACAGCAAACCAAUCGGGUCUCCUGGUUGAGGCAAAUCCAAACGUGGAAGAAGAACAACCCGUUCCCGCAACUCAUGAAUAAGCAGCACGGCGAUGAUAAUAAAAUGCGAAUCUUGCCCCACCAAAUUGUGAGUGAGCUUAAUCGGCAGAUCCGGAUGCUGCCCACCAAGGCGAUCAUUACUACCGGGGUGGGUCAACACCAAAUGUGGGCUGCGCGGUGCUAUCGCUGGCGGUACCCGCGGACAUUCAUCACUUCGGGUAGCAUGGGCACGAUGGGAUUUGGUCUCGCCGCUGCCAUUGGAGCUCAACUGGGCCGCCCAGACUCGUUAGUAGUUGACCUGGAUGGAGAUGGUUCUUUUAACAUGACAAUGGAGGAGCUCCUGACAGCGUCACAACACGGGAUACCAAGAAUGAUCACGCAAUUCCAGCAAACCUACUACAAUGAUCAUUGUGCACAUGUGUAUCCUCAAAAUGCUGACUUUAUUCUUCUAGCGAAAAGUAUGGGUUGCUUGGGACGUCGGUGCAAAUCUCCAGAAGAUCUGAAGGAUAGAAUACAAUGGCUGCUAGAAGCUGCUGGGCCGGCUGUUCUGGAUGUUGAGCUCUACAGUGAACCUCCUAUGCUUCCCAUCGUACGAAUUGGGGCAUCUUUGGAUACCUUUUUGACAGAAGUAGAUUGA